AUGUCUUCAAUUGAAUUCGCUGAGGCUUGGAUGUCUCUUUAUCGGAAUUGUUCGUUCGCAGCUCCUUUAUUUGGUAAACACUAUUAUUUUUUUAAAUUAUAUGCUUUGGAAAAUACUCUUAAUUUGCCAGCUGGUGCUAGUAAAAAGCAAGUUGAACAAGCCAUAAAAAAUCAUAUAAUUGCCGAGUUGGCUGAGGGAAUUUCUUAA